CGCCGUCAAUCAGGCUGGCGAGGGGCGUUUGACGUCAGCCUUUGUGUGCCUCGCUGGAUAAAGAGGCAGCUGGAGGCUGUUUACACACACAGAGACGGGAAGUCUGGAGGCAGCGGGAGCGAGUCUUGCUGUGCGUGGACGCGCUUGGACAGGUUUUCCCGCUGUUAGAGGAAUGCGAGGCUCCCACUCGCCGCUUUAAGCCGCUUUAUUUCGAAGCCCCGACGUCGUGGAUUCAGUGCAGCGGAGUCGUCGUUGUAGCGGAGCCGUUAAGAGCCGCAGCGGACCCAGCGGAGGACCUCCGGGCGGAACAUGGACCACAGCUGCGGACCUAGAGCCGAGAUGCUGGCCGAAGUCUCUGCUGCGGCCAGCUUUGUGUCCAGGCUGCUCCGGUCCAGGGGCUUCCUGACCGAAAAACAGCUCCAGGUGUUCAGAGACAGCCUACAGCACGCGCUGUCCGAGCACUACCAGCACCACUGGUUCCCAGACAGGCCCCAGAAAGGUUCAGGCUACCGCUGCAUCCGAAUCAACCACGAGAUGGACCCCCUCAUAGGCAAAGCGGCCUGCCGGAUCGGCCUGACCAGCAGCCAGUUGUUCUCCCUUCUCCCCCGUGAACUGACCUUGUGGGUGGACCCGUACGAGGUGUCGUACCGCAUCGGCGAGGACGGCUCCAUCUGCGUCCUGUACGAGGCCGAACCCCCGGCGCCCGCCCCGUCGCCGUUCGACCAGACUCUCACCUGCAAAAACCGCUUUAUGAUGGGCGGCCGCACGAGCCCUCCCAAAAACUACCUGAUGACCGUGUCCAGCUAAGGAGCGUGGCAGGAGACGGGCCGGAAGCCGGGCUCGCGGCGGUCAGCCUUCCUCAGACAGUUCUGUUUGGUUUUGUCUGGUUUUGGUUUUAUUUCCAUGGGGCUUUGACAUUUCAGACAUCUCAGGCUCAUUUGAAGCCAAAUUCAACCCUCCCGACUCCGAGUUCUGAAAAUCUAAAGCACUGCCUGUUGAGGUUCCUGUUUGGAUCUCUCUACGUGGACCACUUGAGUUCCUUGCACUGUUUUAAGUCAGUAUCUGUACUUUUACUGCAAUCUGGCAACACACUGUGACCCCUUUUUUAGCAUAAACCUACCGCCCACACUGGUGCCGGCAGACGUGGCGGUGCAAUAAGGAGCGUUCUGUCUCUCUGAAUGUAAAAGCAAUCAGAACCGAGCGAGAGGUGCUGGUUUCGGGACUAAAACGUUCCGUUCAGACUCGGUGCUGUGCAGAACGGCCGCCGGCGUUGUGGGUGCUGCUUUAAAGGACCUUACAAGAAAAACCCUCCGGUUUCUGCUGCCUUAACGACGGCGUCGCCACCUCCUUAACGCCGGACAUACUGCCAAACGUCUUAACUCCUAUUGUGCAAUAUGCAGGGUGCUCCAACCCCCCCCCCUCGUCCUGAGAGGUCCUAAUGUCCUGAAAUGAGUCUAAAGCUGUGAGGUGAUUGGUUGGUCGUUGUCGGCUCGAGAGGCCUGUUCUCUUCGCCAGCGAGAGAGACGCACUCGUCUCCUGUAGCAUUUCUCUCUCUCUCUCUCUCUCUCUCUCUCUCUCUCUCUCUCUCUCUCUCUCUCUCUCUGUCUCUCUCUCUCUCUCUCUGUCUCUCUCUGUCUCUCUCUGUCUCUCUCUCUCUCUCUCUCUCUCUCUCUCUCUCUCUCUCUCUCUCUCUCUCUCUCUCUCUCUCUCGGGCUGCUGAGCAGCUCGUUGUUUACCGUUUUAGACAGACAGUGUAGUUUGUAAGCUAUUUGAAGCUUUUAAUGUACAUUUUUUUUUUUAAAAUGAAUUUGUGCAUAUAUAGAGAACUGUACAGUUUUGUGCGAUUUUUAUUACAAUAAAAACUUUAUGAAUGA